AUGGCUGAGAUUAGCCAGGGACAAAAACGCAUAAGGGAGGGACAAAAGGAAGUAAGGGAAAAAUUUCGGGAAAUAAGUGAAGAGGCGGCUAAACUACAAGAGGAAACUAAUCUAAUUUCCAAGCAGAGUGCUGCAAAUCAACUCAGGCUUGAUCUUAUGUUUGAAAUCGUCAAAGCAAGAACAGAGAAUGAUUCUGCCAAGGACGCCUCACUCACUCAAACCUUACGGGAGCUAAUGGCAAAGCAAAAACAUGAGCUUUUCAGCAGAGACUAUCUUAAUGUUGUUUACACUCUGCAGUUUGGUAAUGUAAUGUAUGUUAUAUGA